GGAAGCUUGCUUUGCAUGUCCGUAUAUCUCCGUAGGUGGCAGGGCUGGUAGGUGUUGUAGUUAUAAGGUAAUAAACAAAGAACAAAGGACAUUACAGAAUAGGAACAGGCCCUUCGGCCCACCAAAAUGACCUCGACACAUGAUACCUUUCUAAGUUAAAAACCUUUUGUCACAAUGUGGUCCGUAUCCCUUUAUUCCUUGCCUGUUCAUAUAUCUGAACAAGGAACACUUUAUUUGCUGUAGCCCAGAGUGAAAAGCAGGGAGAUUAUGACUUUAUCAACCUCUCCUAAGACUGCGGAGAGCUGUGUACAACUUCUGGAACUUAUUACAGGAAGUGUGUGAUCACACCAGUGAAGGUACAGAGGACAGUUCAAACGGUAUUUUGGCGUGCAGACUUUUAGCAAUGGGACAAGUCCGUUUUGCCGCAGGAAGUUGAUCAAACAUUUCAAUAUUGCAAUGUUACAGAGGGUACAGGAGCAUUGACGUUAAACUGAUGAAAGCUCAGCUCAAAAUUCUCCGGAUUAAAUUCAGAACUCCGUCCUCUUUUUUUUUUAUGAAGUUGACGCCCGAAAAUUAUCAGCUGAAUAGUUUAUGGACAGGAGGAGUGGACGUGACAUCAAAUAGAAACUGAAAGCUCUGAUCUCUGCUCUUUUAUGGCGCCCUUCCCGAAUUUUGGAUUUUCUUUUCUGGACAGCUAUGACACAUCAUUCCCUGGAUCUGCUGAUGCUGGAUUUCUGAAUUUCCAGAAUGCUACUUCUGCUCCAGGCUCUUAUAUGGAUCUCUCAUGUGGCUACUACAGCGGCAGAUUUAGAGGUGAUGGGACCAUUAGUUCCCAUCAUGGGGGUUGCUGGGGGCAACGUGGUCCUGGACUGUCUGUUGGUCAUGACAAAACCCCUGGAGAAUAUGGAAGUCCGCUGGAUCAACAUGGCAUAUGGCUAUAGCUUGCCUGUCCAUGCAUACAUGGAGGGAGCGGACGAUUUGACACUCCAGCCCUUGGCUUACAGAGGCCGGACCGAACUGUUUCUCGACAAAGUGGCACAGGGGAAUCUCUCUCUCAGGCUCAAGGAUGUCCGAGUCUCUGACAGGGGACAGUACAAGUGCUUCGUGGCAUCUGGCAUCGAGCACAAUGAGUUCAAACUCACGCUGGAUGUGACAGGUACAGGCCGCCAGCCCAGGAUUGAGAUGGAGGGCCAAACGGGGGAUGGCAUCAGACUGGGCUGCAGAUCCGAAGGGUGGUACCCAGAGCCACCCAUCCUGUGGACGGACGGAGACGGAGAGAACAUAGCAGCCCAGCAGCAAACCACGUACCAGCCGGACACUCAGGAACUGCUCACGGUCAGCAGCUUCAUCGAGAUCCCCAAGCAGUCCACCAACAAGUACACUUGUAUCAUUAAUAACAUGAUCCUGGAGGAGAAACAGGAGGCUCACAUCCAGAUCGCAGAUUCCUUCUUCCCCCAUGUUUCCGGAUGGCUGAUAGCAUUCUGGAUCCUGUUUGCUCUGAUUAUUGCAGCAGUCACUCUUGCAGUGUGGUACCUUCGGAAAUUACAGAAUGAGAUUCAAGGCCUCAGGAAAUCUGAAGAUAAUCUCGAAUGUCAAAGGCUGCUGGAUGUAACUGAAUGUGAGAAACUUCAGCAGAAGUUAGAACAAUGGAGACCUCUGGUCCAGUCAGAGUGGAACAGGAUACAGAGCUAUGCAGCUCCAGCCUCUCUGACUCUGGAUCCGAACACAGCGCAUCCCCGGCUCAUCCUGUCUGAGGACCGGACCAGUGUGAGCCUCGGAGACACAAAACAGCCGCUCUCUGACUCCCCGGAGAGAUUUGAUUCCUGUCCCUGUGUCCUGGGAUCAGAGGGAUUCACAUCAGGGAGACAUUACUGGGAGGUGGAGGUGGGGGAGAAGACUCUGUGGAUUCUGGGAGUGGCCCGGGAGUCUGUGAAGAGGAAAGGGUGGAUCAACGCGGUGGAGGAGACCGGAUUCUGGAUUGUGGGGCUGAGGCCCCGAAAAGGUUAUUUUGCCUCCAUCUCCCUCUCAUGGACCGCCCUCUUCCCGAGUGUGAAUCCCCGGGAGAUCGGGGUUUUCCUGGACUAUGAGGGUGGACAGGUGUCAUUUUACAAUGCGGACACCAUGUCCCAUCUCCACACUUUCACCCACACUUUCACUGAGAGGAUCUUUCCCUUCUUCAAUCCGGGAUGGAACAACGACAGAAAAAACUCCGCCCCGCUGACAAUCUGCGGGAUUAAAGGACAGAGACAUGCUAUUGAGAUUCAGCAUGAGAGGAAUGGAAGAACAUUACUGGAGAGCUAUAAUCAAUAUUCUACAUACCAGAAUGUUAAUAAAGAGUUUACAGGGUUCACUGAGAGGCAGACAAUAGGUGCUCAUAGAGAAGUGGCUACUACAGAAGCAGUGGUAGAUUUUGCGGUGAUGGGAUCACUUGAACCCAUAGUUGGGGUUUUCAGGAGCAACGUUGUCCUGGAAUGUCAAUUGGUGCCAGCCAGAAUCCCACAGAAUAUGGAAGUUCGCUGGAUCAAUGUGGCAUAUGGCUACAACUCACCUGUCCACAUGUACAAGGAGGGAGCGGACGAUUUGAUACACCAGCCCUCGGCCUACAGAGGCCGGACCGAACUGUUUCUCGACAAAGUGGCACAGGGGAAUGUCUCUCUUAGGCUCAAGGAUGUCCGAGUCUCCGACAGGGGACAGUACAAGUGCUUUGUGGCAUCUGAUGAAAAACACCGGGAGUUUAAGCUCAUGCUGAAUGUGACAGGUACAGGCCGCCAGCCCAGGAUUGAGAUGGAGGGCCAAACGGGGGAUGGCAUCAGACUGGGCUGCAGAUCCGAAGGGUGGUACCCAGAGCCACCCAUCCUGUGGACGGAUGGAGACGGAGAGAACAUAGCAGCCCAGCAACAAACCACAUACCAGCCGGACACUCAGGAACUGCUCACGGUCAGCAGCUUCAUCGAGAUCCCCAAGCAGUCCACCAACAAGUACACUUGUAUCAUUAAUAACAUGAUCCUGGAGGAGAAACAGGAGGCUCACAUCCAGAUUGCAGAUUCCUUCUUCCCCCAUGUUUCCGGAUGGCAGAUAACGUUCUGGAUCCUGUUUGCUCUGAUUGUUGCAUUAGUCACUGUCGCAGUGUGGUACCUUCGGAAAUUACAGAAUGAGAUUCAAGGCCUCAGGAAAUCUGAAGAUCUUUAUGAACAUCAAAAGCUGAUGGAAGAAGUCGAGCAAGAAAAAAUGAAGGCAGAUAAAGAGUAUGGAAGACUUCACCAGGCGCUUGUGAUCGCUAAGCAAAAAGGGAAACAAGAAUGUAAGGAGCUUCAGCAGGAGUUUGAAAAGGAGAAGGCCGCCAUUCAUGCAGAACAUGAGCAGUUCAAGAAAGAAAUUGAUGAAGUGAGGGAGUCAGACAAAGCAGAUUAUCAGAAGCUACUCACUGAAUUUGAGCAAUGGAGACCUCUGGUCCAGUCAGAGUGGAACAGGAUACGGAGCCAUGCAGCCAAUGUAAAGAUGGACCCUGAAACAGCCAACGCGAGUCUGACGGUAUCUCCAGACAGGCAGAGUGUGAAAGCUGGAGAGGCACAGAAUGUCCCCGACAACCCAGAGCGGUUCGACUCUGUCCCGUACGUGCUGGGCUCAGAAGGUUUCACGAAGGGUGCCCAUUACUGGGAGGUGAAGGUAGCUGACAAGUCCUACUGGGAUGUGGGCGUCGCCAAUGGAUCAGUGCAGCGGAAGGGCAUGCCUAACCUGUGUUCCGAUGCUGGAUUCUGGACAAUCGGACAGGACGGUGAACCAUAUGGAAUAAGUGAUGCCGAACGCUCCAAAAUCACUGUAACGACCAGGCCUGAAACAAUUGGGGUGUUCUUGGAGAUGGAGGCAAGAAGGGUGUCUUUUUACAAUGCCGAUGACAUGUUCCAUCUCUACACAUUUCAAGGCAACUUCUCAGAUAAAGUCUACCCGUUCUUUUGGCCUGGCUGGGACAAGUCACCCUUAACUAUCUGUCCAGUCAAGAGCUAGUUAACUCUUGUAUCAUUGUACGUUAAUGGGUUGGCCUGAUCCAAGUUUUUUUGGCCAAUGAGUGACUCAUUAACACGUACUCUGGAAGGGUUUAUACUUUUAAAGUACCUUUCAAAUGGUCUGUAACUGUGAGCUUCAUGGCAAAGCAAUGACCAAGAUCAGAUGCACAUUGGUCAGGAAUAUAUAAUAUGGCCAGUUUCUAUGGGAAACACACUGAUCAGAUUCUUUGAUUGGUCAUUAGUCCCACAAGUUUUGAAGUGGAGGCAUCCAAAAAAGCUCAUUCUCUGAGGAUUUCUAUGUCAUAGUGAAACAAAAUGACACAGAAAGAAUCACCAUGAGCUUCACAAGCCAAGGAACUCUCAUCAGCUCGUAUUUGUUUGAUGUAUGUGUCAGAAAGAAAACACCUGCACAGAUGUUUCUUGCAUCAAUGCAUCUAAAGUCAGUUUAAGUUGUUUGAAGAUGGAAAAUUACUACAAUGAUGGCUUUUUUGAUAACUGAAUGUUUACUAUUGUAAAAUAAGAGAGCGAAAACAAAAUUAUAAUGUUACUCAGCUCACUACUAAUGAGGACAUAUUGUCCCUAAUGUGAGCAGAAUACCAUCCAGCCCAUUCAGGAACAAUAGGGCUGUUCUAUAUAAAUCAUGUUGCGCCACACAUGCACUGCACUCAAAGGACUAACAGAUGAUUGCUUUUUCUAUGUAAUCCACUGAAUUUUGUAAUGUGUUAUUUACAAUACACUACUUACAAUAUCCAUUCAUGACUUGAAUGAGGGAAACAAAUGAAUUGUGAAUAUUUGUGAAUGGGAUCACAUCAAGUGGGAGUGCAAGUGUUGAGUACCUGGGAUGGAAGCUCUGGUUAACAUUGUUUCUUUUUAUUUGUUCAUGGGAAGUGGGCAUCACUGGCUGGACCAGCAUUUAUUGCCCACCCCUGUUUGCCUAGAGGGCAGUUAAAAAUAAACUACAUUGCUGGGAUAUAGAAUCACAUGUAGGCCAGACCAGGUAAGGACAGCAGUCUCCUUCCUAAAGUGUGUAGGUGCCGGAGUUGGACUGGGAUGGACAAGGCCAGAAGACACAUGACACCAGGUUAUAGUCUGAUAGGUUUAUUUGUAAUCACAAGCUUUCGGAACACCGCUCCUUCAUCACUUCACCUGAUCGGGUUGGACUAUAACCUGGUGUCAUGUGACUUCUGACCUUGUCCUUCCCAAAGGGCAUCAGUAAGGUAAGUGAGUUUCCUGACAAUCGACAAUGAUUUCAUGGUCAUCAUUAGACUCUUAAUUCCCAAUUUUCAGACUUCACCAUCUGACGUGGCACCCCGUUAUUAGAGCCAGAUGUCUGGGUUCAAAUCUCUCCUGCUCUGAAAUGAUGUCACAGCAUGUCUGAACAGGCUAAUUAAAAAUAACUACAAAAUAGUGUUGAUAACUCAGCAUCAUCUUCUGUGGAGAGGACUAUUGCAAAGUAGAAAUUUAAAAACAUCGAUCACAUCUGAAUAAAUGUGAAAGAGGAAUCUU